ACGGUUUAAAAUGAUCUCUGCCGCAGCCAACUUGCUUCUUUCCACAGCGGCCGCGGUCCACGGGAGGGCGCUGGAGAGGAGACUCGUCCUCCCCGCCCGGGAAUCACCCCGAAAUACCAUCCUCCGAGAUACGACCGCCCAGCGAAGGCCUUCCCCGGCUAUUCCGCUUUGCGCUCGUCCUCCCUGACUUUGUUCUCCUAACCCGGAUUGAAAAGAGAGGCCGGCGCAGCCGCAAGAAGCGCGCUCCCGCCCCUCCGCUUUGUAGCCCGGAAGUGGGAAGGCGGAGACGCGGAUUCCCGAGCCGGGAGGGCUCUCUCGUCUCUCUGCGGGACUCGGGCGAGAAGGGGCGCCUCUCUGCCGGGGUGGGCUGCGGGAGCGCGAGCGGGAGUCCUUGCCGGCAGGCAGCGCAGGAGAGGGCGCCGCCCGCGCCGCCGUCAGAGCCCCCGCCGCUUCCCCCUCUCUGUCCGCCGCAUGUCCAGCCUGCAGCGCCCCGUGGCUGCUGCGGCCCAGGCCCAGUCGGUUUCCCUGAGCGCGGAGCAGGCCAAAGUUGUUUUGGCAGAAGUGAUCAAGGCAUUUGGAUCUCCGGAAAAUGCUCAGCGACUGGAGGAGGCCAGGGACAAUGCCUGCAAUGACAUGGGGAAGAUGCUUCAGUUUCUGCUUCCUGUGGCUACCCAGAUACAACAGGAUGUGAUCAAAGCCUAUGGUUUUAGUAAUGAUGGGGAAGGGGUCCUAAAGUUUGCCAGAAUGAUAAAAUCAUACGAAUCUCAGGAUCCAGAAAUUGCAAGCAUGUCUGGGAAGCUGAAGUCUAUGUUUCUGCCUCCAAUGACUCUGCCUCCCCAUGGGGCUGGGACAGGAGGUGGGGUGGCAACAUCAUGAAGUAGGCAGCCCCUGGUGGGACUGCUUGUCCUUACUGUUUUUAGGUUAUCACAUCAGUCUUACUUGGAUGGAACUUGGGCAUUGUUUUCUUUCAUUUUCAUGGAAGAGGGGUUUUGACUUUUGUCUAUAGUCCUUGAUUUGAAUUUUUUGUUUUGUAUUUGGUGCUUGUGAAUAAAAACAUCUUGUAAAUAUGUCCCAUCAUAUUUCUGACUCAGAAAUAUUAAUAUGGUAUUAGAUUGUUUUUAUGAAAUUGAAAUGGCCAGAAGGCUAAUGAAUAAAGACUGACUGACUGACUGAC